ACUGUCAGUUCUUCUGUCACCGAAAAUGUCAAUUCCUUACAAGUAACCUCGUCUCAAAUAAUAAUAAAACAAAACAAAGAAACUAAAACGAGAAAUGGAUAAAAUAUCAAAAGAUUUAAACAUAAACAGUAAAAAUAUUUUUGCCACUUCAACACCAACAGUGUUCGCGGUCGUUGUCCACAAUACUUGGCUAAGAAAGUGGCUGAAAAGCGUAGAAACUGAUAACUGUGUAAAUAAUUUAGAUUUUACUUUACAACCUGGUGAAAGUGUACCUUAUCCAUGGAAAAAGAUAUUUAUUAGGGUGUUAGCCAAAAAGACAUCGAAAGUUUUACCUUUACCGCGUUAUAAGUUAAACGAAACAAAUGCAGAAACGCCGCUUACGUUCUCACAAUUACUCCAAUAUGUGUCACAAAGUAACCAGAGGAAUUUAUGGAAGGAAUCAUACAAGAAAUAUUGUCAGAGCGACAGUAGCAAAGAGAGUACCAUAGUGAAUCUCUUAGAACACGAUCAACUGUUAACAGAAGUUAUAAUUAGAUUGUAUGGCUGUAACAUAAUUAGAAUAAAGCCUGAGGGCAAAUUUACAGAGUACAAAGAUGUUGCUGGCAAGCAUGUUUCCAAGUCUUACGAUACACAUGUAAAUUUAUUAGCUGCUAUGUAUGUUCUAGAGAGUGACAAUAACUAUUUUGUAGUGUACAGGGGACACUAUGAGAAUAAUUUACUAGAUUGCCUUAACUUCAGUCCACAUUUAAUAGAUAAGACUUAUUCUAGAGGCCUGCUUAUUGUAUACCAAUUGUUGAAUGUUGCGAAAGCCUUGUGUGACCGAGGACUUAGUUUAGGGACUCUCAGUUUGCGGGAUAUUUACCUAACGGAGGAUCUGUGGCUGCAAGUAAUACCGCCGUUAGUAAACAACAUACACUGCCUUGACCCGUCGUUGAUAUGUGAACAGAAUCGUAGUAAACAGAGCACUAAUCAAACUCCACCAAUCAGUGCCCAGAGUUCACAGAAUAGAGAGGAAUGGUGUUGGCGUAGUGAUGCAGUACAACUGGAGAAGUUAUGUAUGCUGUGGGUCAGAGGACGGAUAUCGAAUUUGGACUAUUUGUUACAUUUAAACAUUUUGGCUGGAAGAUCGACCAAUGAUCCCCAGUCACAUUUUAUGGUGCCAUGGGUGACUGAUUUCAGUUCUAGAUGUGGUCGUAAUUGGCGUGAUCUAACAAAGUCAAAAUACCGUCUCAACAAAGGCGACCGUCAGCUGGACAUGACGUAUGACGUCACAAGUUGUAACGGACAGAUCCCACAUCACGUCACAGACGCAUUGUCAGAUAUUACUUGUUAUGUAUACUUGGCACGACGAACACCAAAAGACACCCUAUGUAAAUACGUUCGCAACAAAUGGGUGCCUGCCGAAUACCCCGCCUCAAUACAACGCAUGCAAGAGUGGACCCCAGAUGAGUGCAUACCAGAGUUCUAUACAGACCCCACUGUGUUCAAAAGUAUACACGAAGACUUACCUGAUUUAGGUAUUCCGUCCUGGGCGACAUGUGUGGAGGACUUCAUAACGAAGCACAGAGAGGCUCUAGAGAGUACUUACGUGUCAGAGAACCUGCACCAUUGGAUAGACAUUACAUUUGGUUACAAGCUCACAGGAGCAGCGGCGGUGAAGGCAAAGAACGUAUGCCUGUCGCUGGUAGACGGUCACUCAUACACCCGCCGGGGCGCCACCGUGCAGCUGUUGACGGCGCCGCACCCGCCGCGCCGACUGCGCCUGCCGCCGCCCGCGCCGCCGAGACUGCGGUGGACUGCGCCCAGAGAUGCCAAAAAAUUCGUCCGUGACAGCUCAGAUGAAAUAUCUGAUGAGGAAGAAGAGUCUAGCAGUUUACCACAACACGUGUCUCGUUUACACGUGCCGUCCCAAAGAACGCGUAGACAUAAAAGUAGUACUCGAGCACGUUCCUUAUGUAAGAGCCAAGAAGAAGAUUCCUCCGUCUCCGAAAGUAGGGCAUCUUCCCACUCCAGACAUUACAGAGUACAGCGUUCAGAACUCGGUAAAGGAGUGAUAUACUUACCCAAAGAAUAUAAUCCUGCCGCCACUAUACAAGCUUUAGAAACUCUAGAUAACUUCCGAACGAAAUGCUUUUUCAGUAGCGCUGAACAUAAUGGAAAACAUAAAGAAACUCUUACGUUAAAUUUAUGUCCCGUCCAACAAGAAACAAAGGAAAACGUUAGCACUGCUUCCAAAGAUGUAGCUGAAGAGACUGCUUUCACAAAUCACAUGUUCCUGGCGUCCUAUGAUCAAGUGUAUUUGAAAAAAAUCAGCCAAGAUAAUAAUUUAGAAACUGUCCUUAAAGAGAGGAAAAACAGAAUGUUUAACCCUCGAUAUACGACGGACGCCGCCAUUUAUAAACAGUUCGUAACUGAAAGUCGACGGCAAGACAUGCUUGUAGUCGGGUGCCUUAUAGUCGAAAUAUUCCUUCACACUUACAUGCGUCCAUUAAGAUUAACUAAUGAGAAUUUUGUAGAAAGAUAUAAUAGUUGUCGCACAAUACUGAAAUAUAAUUUCAAUUCAAUGCCAAAAUGUGCGAGUUAUAUCGCGUGCCUUCUAUUAAAUGUGAACCCACCUAGUUUGAGUUUUCAUAAUGAAAUGACAUUCAGUACUGAAGAUGCGAGAAAAAGAAUAAUUGUGACAGACAAAGGUUUACCGCCACCUAAUGCAUCUCAGUUACUACAACCACUAAUAAUGCAACAUCUAAUACCUUUUCCUCAAAGUUUUAUCCUUUUAUACAAUCUUUUAAGCACCCUACAUGAAUAUGAUCUUACUGGAAAUGAGUUACACAUUUUGUAUACAUAUGAAUGUGAUGGCACUCAAUGUGAGAAAUACCAAAACGUGGACAAAACCAAAUUAUAUUUUACACAGAAAAUAGCUGAAGGAAAGAUUCAAGCAUGUAUCACACAUUUGGGGGUACUUUUAAAUCAAGUUACUAACGAGAAUCAAUUUAAUGUCCUUGAUAUUUUCUUACAACAUUACAUACAGUUGAUGGAAAAUAAGGAAACAUCUAUCCUUGCAGCGUGGCACUUGUUUGAUACUAUAAGCAAAGUAUUAGGGCCCGCCGAGACGAGUAAUAAACUUUUGAGGCACAUACUAAAUCUCUACGAAGAUGACGAUUAUGUGUAUGACAGAUCAGACCAUAAAUUAACUGAUGUGGAUGCAGUAACUAGUGCAGGACUGGCUAACAAACAAAAAUAUGUGAAACUCUACCACCAUAUAUUUCUUCUGCAAUUAAUGGUUCGGCUGGGUCUCCAAUGUUUCUUAGACAAUUUCACUCAACAUUUGGUAGAAGCUGUCGGUGGGUAUAAAGAUGUGACCUCUGACAGUGGAUCUCCUGGUCAUCUAUGCCAUAACCGAGCAAUAUUGAAUAAGAAACCAAGAUAUUCUGAUGAUAAUCUUAAAAAUGCCUUAACAUCAACAUCGGAUAUUUUCUCACCUGACACGUCUUAUGGUUCCGAACAUGUUGUGACGCCAAACAUUGAUAAAAGUAUGUCUGAAGUAAAUGAAGUCAUGAAGGAUCAAGAUAACAGAAGCGAAAAUGACUUGUUCCAUUUCGAAAACGAUAAGGAAAGGAACCCUAGUUGUAGUAGUAGAAGUAAAUCACCUUCAGGUUCAGUAGACUCAAAUACUAUGAUCAAGGACUCGAAUACUUUGCAAACACCUUCCCCGGGUGCAGAUCAUAUUUCUCCAGGAAAUUCAAGAUUUUUCACAAACUAUUCUUCCAACUCAAAAGAAACGAUCAUAAUCAAAGACGAAUCUCAAGACAUGCUCCCUGAUUCUAAUAAAGCCAUGUCUCCAACUAUCGAUAUUCCAAAACCCAUGUUCACCAGCUACUUGCAUUUCGCUCAUGAAAUAUCAAAUUCAGAAGGCAACAUCGUUGAACCAAAAAAUGGGGAACCUAUACGACAAAUCAAAAGCUUAGAGCUAGCCAGAAAUUCUGAAAAUAAAACUGUUGAGUUCCAAAUAAAGGAGGAAGAUAUAGAUCCAAAUUGUAAUGACAAGAGUGGGUAUAAGAUAUCAGAUAUGAGUUCUGAAAGUCUUAUUUGGUUGGCUCAUCGACUGGGGCCGGUACUUACAUGCAGAUACAUUACAAGGAAUUUGCUAAAGAUGCUGACUUUGUGUUACAUCGGGAAAGAAAAUUUAGCGCCGUGGGAUGGAGACGAAAAAGAUGAAUUUGAUGAAAUAUCAAUUGUGAAUAGUAAAGUUGUGGGUGACAAAAACGCAAUUAAGGUUAUCAAAUGCCUCACUUCUAUUGUAGCAAUGUAUGGAGAGCAGCUAAUAAUAUUCCAAUACUUGCCUCACAUGGGUGAAUUGAUAGCAUCGUGCCGUCGUCGCUUGUCCACGCCGUUAGAAGGCGGAGUCGUGGCAUGUUUGCAGCUCAUAAAGUAUCUAUUACCCUUCAUGUCUGAUGCCAAAGUUAUGGAACAGUUGCAGGACACGUUCCUCAAGACGAUCCUUCAGCCAGCGCUGCGGCUCGCGUCCACCACUCGCUGCGCGUACCCGUGCGGCGCGCCCGCCCGCAGCGCGCUCGCCCGCAAGUUGCUGCACGCGCUGCACGUCGUGGCCGUGCGGAUCGGGCCCGAGAUGACGAGGAGACACUUGUGUGUGCCGGCUCUACAGAGGUUUUUCUUAGCUUUUGACAAAGCUACAGGUAAAACGGACAACUGGCCUAAACAAGAUGACAGCAAUCUCGACAAGUCUUCCGAGCAAGAUUCUGCUGAUUCAAAGUUAGAAGGCUUUUUGGAAAUUUGCCGCGACGGCAGCACGGCCGAGUGGGCGAUAAAGGACGGUCGAGUCGUGCGCGCCGACUUGCCCGAACUAGCGUGCACGCCGCCAUCUUUCAAUGAUCGCUGUGACGUCACCACAUUGACCGCACAAGAGGAAUUACUCAUGGUGUUUGAUGAAGAACUCGCCUAUAAGUCGUACACUACGUUCACUAAAUUCAUCGGGACGGACGCAUUGGAGCGAUGCCUGAAGAACAGUGAAACUAUACGAUCGCUCUGUUCCAAAUAUAGACAAGCUCAUAUGAUAAGUUCACCACUCCACAUAACCCGUCAAGACAAACGCUUCCAGUCCUCUCUAAGCGAUGAACCACUCAACCGAAGGACCAUAGACAUCACUCCCUCUAAAGCGGAACUGGUCGUCGACCACUUGUCAAACUCCAACAGUUUCGGCUCCAACGUCACAUUGGUUGGCAACAGGAUAGAUGUAUCCAGCGAUGCUUGUGAGGGCAGCGGCGGUCAGGUCGAUGGGUUCGACGUAGUGGCGUAUAAGAUGGACACUGGCAUUAAAAGUGAUCGACAUCUCCGGGGAGAUUGGCUCAUCUACUGGGAGCACGAGAUUGGUCGUGCGGACAAAGAUACAAGAUUUAACCUCAAGCAGAUCAAGCUGCAGUCGUUCGUUGGACACACGCACUCCGUCAAGUCUAUACAUUGUCUCGACAAUGAAAACAGUUUUAUGAGCGGGUCGAAGGAUAAGACUGUGAAACUUUGGUCUUUGAGAAAUCAGGGCGAUGGCAAUGCAACCACACAAUGCAACUGGACGUACUCGGGGCACAAGAAAGGCGUGCUGUCUCUGACUUUCUUAGAGUCGCUACGGCUGGCGGUUUCCACAGACUCUGUGGUACAUAUUUGGGACCCUUUCAUGGAGAGUGUGGUAUCUCAACUGGACACGAUGAAGGCGCCGGUCAGCAUCGUGCGCACGCUGCCGGGCCCGUCGUGCGCCGUCGUCGCCGCCACCACGGACGCCACGCUGCGGAUCAUCGACGCGCGGGCGCCCAACUCUUCGCACGAGCUUAAGGUGGUAGGUGGCGGCACAGUGUUCAUCCGCUGCAUGUGCGUGAGUCCGGGCGGCGCGUGGGUGUGUGUGGGGCUGUCGAGCGGGCUGCUGGCCGCGCUCGACACGCGCUCCGGAGCGCCCAAGGCCGUCUGGAAGGCGCACGACGGAGAGGUACUACGGUUAGCCGCAGUGGACGACCACAGAGUUCUGAGCUCCGGCUUGGACCAGGUGACGGCGCUCUGGAACGUUGACGACGGAGAGUUGAUAGCACAUCUCAAGGGCAGUACUGAACCCGUCCACUGCCUAUCAGUGUACUACAACGAACUCAUAUCAGGAACUACCAACAAUAGAAUAGGAGUCCACACCUCGCUGGACCAGGAGGCUUCGUUCUCAAGCACGAAACUACGUUCCGAUACAUUCAAAGGCGUCCUUACUUGCAUGUCAGUGUUGCCACUCAAUAGGUUGCUGUUACUUGGCAGUGAUAAUGGGACAAUUAGUUUGCUGUGUUAAAACUUAAUGUACCAUUUAUGAUGGUCCGAAAAUUGUUACAACUUUUACCGGUCAAUAUAUGGGGAGGUUCAAUUAAACAUAGUAAAAUUUAAUAUGGUGGACAAUUCCGUAAUUUAGUUAGAUGCGUUUGACAGCAAAUCCAUGCCAUUAACUUUGUGAAACAGACAGUUUUCCCAGGAAUUUGGUAUUGACUUAAAACACUUUUCAUAUAGGUACAUAAAAAAAAGAUUCCGACAAAUUGAGAAUCUCCUCCUUUUUUUGAAGACGGUUAAAAAUGGAGGUCAAUCUUCAAUCUGUCAAACGGAUCUGACCAACUAACGCAUGUGUCCACAAGAUUUUAAUUUAUUGAAAUAUGUAUUAAGCGGUAUUUUCAUUGGCCGACAAGAUAACGAUACCGUCACUGUUUAUAAUAAAAUAACAUUAGUGUUCAAAAUUAUCAUUUAUAAUAUAAAUAAUUACUUUAAGGCAAUAUAUCUGUGAUCUUCUUUCUUCUUUUCUUUUUCUCUUCUUAUUUUAUAAUAUAUCGAUCAGUCGGUACUAGAAUUUCAGCUUUCUUAGUAUCGUCACAGAAAACAUAUGUGCAAGUGUCGUGAUCUUGACACGGUCACAUAGUUGAUGGUUUUGUGGGCACUGUACUAUAUUUUAAAUCUGAAAAAGGAUGAUUGAUUCCUAUUUAAUUCAUAUUAGUCUAUUGCUUAACUAUAAUUUAAGAAAACGCAAAUACGUAGAAAUUUUUUUUUUUUUUAUGAGUUAACGGUAAAAUAUCAUUUAAUAUUAAAAAGUCUUGAGUCAUGUCUACUUUGGAUUCUUCAAAUUUUCAAUUUAUUAUUUUCCCUCUUUAUAACAAAAUAGUUAAUAUAAUCGUCGGACAAUGAGAAUACCACUUUACGAUCUUGACAGCUUAUGCCGUUUGCCUGUAUUUAAAAAAAGAAUUUAUUUUAUAUCAUUCCACAUUAUAUAUAGAAGUAGAUUUAUUAAAAUUAGGUAAAAUUAGUACAUACAUAAUAAUUAAGUUUCAUGACGUUAUGUUCAUGAUCAUUAAUAAAUAAUAAUUAAUGAAUUAUAAUUUAUGUACAUAUUUAAAUGAAAUUUAUAAUCAUGCAUAAUAUUAAAGUACAAACACAUCGUUACCAAAGACGUGUAAACUGUGUAUUUAAUUCAAUAAUACAUUACAUAUUGAAAUAAUACAUAAUAUAUUAUAUGUAUAGACUAUAGUUUGUCUUCUUUUUGAAGUCUGUUUAGUUUUGGGUGUAGUGGUAAAAUGUACUGGUGUUAGAGUGAAAAGUUAGAGAUGCAUGCCCCAGACCGAAUUCGAAUUCAUCGCCCUCCGAAUCAAAGUCACUCCUAUCACGGCUCACAUUUAUAAAUUCAAAAUACAAAUUUCAUUUAUUUCAAUUAGGCUUAGUUUACAAGCACUUUUGAAAAGUCAAGUUAUGUCAUGAUUAAAUUGAUUAAAUUAAAUUGGUGGAAAUUAUAGUCGAUAACUUAAAAUUAAAUUACAUAUAAAUAAUGUAUAAAUGUACUAUCUGUCUGUUAUCUUACAACUACACCCAAAAACAAACGAGCUACCUCUAAAAGAUUGACUUGACCUACUUUUAAUUUCUCUUUUAAAAAAUGGCUAUGUUACAUUUAAUAUAUUCAAAAAUAAACAUUAAAAAAAAUAUAUUUUUAAAAAUAGUCCAAAACUGUUAUGCUAUGUUGGAUCUAUAUCUAAUAUGUAUUUGUAGUGUGUGUAUGUCUUGUCCGUCACAAAAAUGUACUUUUAAUGUUUGAGUUGUAUAAUUUUGGUCAUCUAUUAAAUUAAUGCUUCAAACGGGCCUCGGCCUAAAUCUCUUUGUACCGCCAUUUUCUUGUUUUUGUUACAUUUGUCACAACAAUUACGGUUUUGAAAGAAAACCUUAUAAAUGUUUUAUAUUCUUUGUUAUUUUUUAGUAAAAAAUGGCUGCUUGAUUUUUUUUAUACUAAUAUUAUAAAGAGGAAAACUACUUACUUUAUAAUAAUAAAAAUAAUAAUUUUGUGUUACAAAUCAAAUAUAGACAAUAAGCUCUACCAUAUUUGUAAAAUAAAUUAAUUACGUAUUUACACCUAACUUAUAAAUGAUGUUUGUAAGAUCCAAAAAACAAAUAUCAUCUUUCUUUUCAAAAAUUAAUUUUUUUUGCAGCUUGGCAAAGCUUGUGAGUCUCGAUGGUCCGCGCAGGCGGUAUGUCCCGCUCGCACGACUUCAUACCCGCGCAGUUUUUCCCUCUAUCCCCCCCCCCCUGCGCUUGACUUUACACUUUUUAAUAGAUCGAUGGAGACGAUCUACAUUUGUGAUAUUUACGAACAAAGAUAUUUAAUUAAAUAUUCUUAAUUUUUUUAUUUAUAAGCUUAGACAUAACAUAAUGAGAAAUAUGAAAUAAAAAAAACAAGACAGUAAAUUUUUUUUUUAAAUUAUAUUACUUAUUAAAUCAAUACGAGUAAUGUUUUUUUUGGCUGUCUCAGUGUUUCUUUUGUUCCUUUGGACUACUUGGAACUCCUCGAUCAUUAGUACUUGUAGGCAAAUUACUAAUCGGUGGGUUAUAUCAUGAACUCUUCAAUCUUUAUUUUCUAUAAACUUAUGUGUUACUUCGUAAAUUGCAGAAGUCAUUGAAUAUUAACAGGUUUAUUUUAACGAAGAGGCUAAUCUGUGUGACAACGAAACACAGAUUUGACAAAAUACUCUAUAGAUAUUUCCGGUUACGCCGUAUUGGUUGACAUUUGUCUACUUCUCUGCAUGACAUAAGUCGUUUGAUCGCAUGCUAGGCGCAGUUGUGAUGAAGUCUAUACUACAGCCUUUCUUGAUGAGGACUGUUUACCAACAAACAAAUUAAAAAUGAGGGUAUAAAUCACUAGUCAUUUCACACCUAAUAAUUAUUAUAAUUACCUUGUACUUAAAAUAAUGAAACCGUAAAGCUUAGAACAAUCAAAUAUGGUUAUUAUAUAUUAUAUAACAUUUUAUAAACAGAUUACACAUAAUUUAAAAUAAAUAAGUCAUGAAAUUACAUGCAUUUUCUACCUUCAUUUGUAAUUUCUUUGUUGGUAAACAGUAGGUACUCAUUAAGAAAGUUAAGAAAGGCUGUAGUAUAACGAAUGUUAAACUAUUUUAUGGAAUCUGUGUGUCGUCGUCCCGCUUUGUUACAUUUGACGAGAUAUGAUAGUAUUUACUUAUUUUAUACUUUUUUAAUCAUGAAUAAUAAGGGUUACUAUAUUUUAAGUCUGGACAUAAUAUAGGUACCUACUUAGUUAUAAGGAUUAUGUUAUUACGAAAAUACAUUUAAAUAUAAUAAACAAAAUCAGGUUAAUUUUUCAUUAUAGUGCCAAAAAGAGUUGUAUAAUUAUGUUGAACAUCACAUAAUGUAGAAAUUAACGCAUCUCUCUCAAAACUCCACUUUUUAAUUAAAAGUUAAGUCCAUCCAUUUUAAUUAUCCAUUUUAAUUCAAUAAAUUGUAAUGGCAAUCCACCACUGAUAGUUGUUUACACGUGAUACAACGUCGGAGUAUGUCCGGCUAGUUUCGAAUCCAAAAGGGGCCUUAGUCAUGGUUGUUGCAACGCGGAACGAUACAAACUGCGAUGUGACGGAGCGCGCGGCCGCUCGCAGCGCGCGUUGAGGGGCCGGGAGCGAAGGCACCGUUACAUUAUCCGACGGUUCCUGAACGUCAUCUUGAUUGGACCUGUUUUCUUGUAAACAAACCGAACUAACACUAUCUUGCCCCAAGUAUGUUAUUUGCGACAUCGAAUCGGAAUGACGUGAGUUUUAGCCGUGUUUCAUAAUUUUUUUUUCUCAAUUUGAAAGCGUGUUAAAUAGGUAUUAAGGCAGUAGGGGUAACAGUUGUAUAAAGGCAGCAAGGGGUCUUGUUUAUAAACAGCAGUGGACGUCCAUGGACAGUUCAUAAAUAAGCCAUUCCAAUCCUGUUUCGUCCUUAGGUCAAAUCUACUAUAUUAAUCAUAUUUAGCGUUAUAUUUGUAAUAUUUACACAUUUAUAACAUUGCAUGGAUAUGGACUAUGUAAAUUACAGAAUAAUUAAAAUUAAUGAUCAUAACUUAAGUUAAAUUAAAUCUAAGAUACAAUAGAUAAAAUAUAAUGACCAUUCUUUAAUAAUUUCUGUUCUUUUCUCAUUGAACUUUGCGAAAAAGAUAGCAUUAUUUUUAAAGGUUGUAAGUUCUUAGUAGAAAACUGCUACCAAAUUAUUAAGUGUAAUGUAGGUAUUAAUGCAAUUAAAUAAUAAGUAAGUAAUUAAUAGCAUUACUCUACUUAUCGUAAAAGCCUGUUCAAAGGUUUACUUUUUAAUAUUUAUAGCAAAUUCGGCAGUAGAAGCCGAAUUUUUGCUAUAAAUAUUUAAAAGUAUUAUAAAAAAUCCGAAGAUAAAUAGCUAAUACCUAGGUAUAGUAAAACUUGAUUUACCUAUAUAUAUUUAAUUUUGCAAUGCAAUUUGUUAUUUAACAGGUAGUUAGAUCAUCUUUCGAGCAUGAUUCAGCAUAAAUCGGCUUUAAUGGAUAUGAUGUGAAAAAAUACUUGGGUAUUUCGUCCAAUGUGACGUGUAUUCAAAUGUUCAUUUGCCUUUUUGUUGCCUUAUCAAAGUUAUACAAUUAUAUAAAUACCACAAAUUAAAUAUUUUAGAAAUUCGAAUUUUGUGGUAGCUAUCGGAAUAGGGAUGAUGACAGUUUUUUAUAUUGUAUAUAAAUUAAGAGUAUACUAAUAGUAAAGCAAUUUUGUAAAAGGAACAGGGUAUCUGCGAUCAUUACUUUCGGAGCUACAGGGAUUUAAAGAGUCAGAUUUGCGGUGCUGCUGCGGAUCCCUGAAAAACGCCCCAUACAAAAGGGCUCGAAAUAAUGACGUCAUAAGCAAUGUAAUGAUCGUUAGAUUUGUAUGCGCGUUCAAACAAAAUUACUAAUAUCUUUGUUAUUUGUGCGUUUAUGCUUAUAGUUCAUAUAUUAAAAAAUGUCACAUUUAAUGUAAGGAAGCUAAAACUGUAUGAAUUUUCAUCUAAUUACGAUAAAAUAUUUUUAAUAGUUUUUGAAAUUUUAUAGUCUCAUUUAUUUUGCAAAUAUCCAGACAAUCUUUGCUUUUUAUGUAUAAAUUAGUUACCAUUGACCCUAUUUACCCGAACGUAUCAUAAAAAUCAAUAUAUUCAAACCUAGUCAUCAUCCCCGUUAUGAAACAAUAUGAUUUUGAUGAAGUCAUUCCAAUUGUAGUUUUAGUAACAGGUAGUUAAGUAAGCUAUGAUGUAAGUUGUAUGUUUGUAUAUUCUUUUGAUAAUUAUAAGUAUAUGUAUAGAAGUAUUUGUUGGUAAUAAAACUAUUUUAAGAA